ACUGAACGUUUAUGAUGUCAUCCUGUCAUUAGCUAACUAUUGCGUUUUUAGGUUAAAGAAUUGUAAAUAAAUUUAUCAAAAACACUGUAAAUGCCUCCACACCUAGUUUUAUUUUUACAGUUUUGAACGUAGUCACAAUGCUUGCAUUACAGGCAAUUUGUAAAAAGCUAGAAGCUUAUAAACCUAGUGUUGCUAAUUCACUGGAAGAAAUUGACGAAUUAGAUGCAGCUUCCAAAUCUUUAUUACAGAGGUACAUAAACAGUACAGAGUCUUCCGACCCCUCCUCUAUAAUACGAAUACAAGCCAUAAUCGAUUACAUGUAUGAAAAAAUCAAUAUCGGAAAUUGGAAAGAGGUCAAACUGUUCAUUAGAAAAGCUAUCACUGUGGCAACAUAUUUGAAAUUGUUAGCUCACGUGAAGUAUUCAUCUGAAGAUAUAGAAUCCUUGAUAAAGCAAGCCUUCAAGAUCAUAGACUUCGGGAUUUUGUUUGGUUGUCCGCUGGACAAGGAACCUUUACUGUUGCAAAAUUGUGCAACAACCCUAAGUACUGCGAAUUUGCAACCGACUGGCGAGACAUGCAAAUGUACACCCAGUAAAGAAAGCACUCCAACUAAUAAUUCCGCUUCUGAAGCAGAUAAAUUCAAUGCUACUCUCAUACCAGUUAUUGACUGUCCGAGCAUGGAACAUUUUUACCAAAAUUACAUCCUGACUGAAACACCAGUAGUUCUCACCAACUGCAUCAAUCACUGGCCAGCAUUACAGAAGUGGAAAGAUCAAAACUAUUUCAUAAAACUAGCCGGGCCUCGCACUGUGUCAAUUGAAAUUGGUAGCAAGUACACUGAUUCUGAUUGGACACAGAAAUUAAUCACAAUAGAAGAGUUUAUCAAGCAGUAUAUUUAUCAAACAAAUGGUCUAACUGGAUACCUAGCACAGUAUCAGCUGUUUAGCCAAAUACCUGAACUGAAAAAUGAUAUUACAGAGCCAGAAUACUGCUGUUUUGCUGACAGUAAUGAGCCAGUUGAUGUGAUGGCUUGGUACGGUCCAAAGGGCACGGUAUCCCCACUACAUCAUGACCCAAAAAGAAACUUAUUGACCCAAGUUGUGGGAGAAAAGCAAUUGUUUUUAUUUGCCCCUUCAGAUACCGAAAACCUGUAUCCACAUGACCAUGAACUGUUAAACAACACCGCCCAAGUGGAUCCUCGGCGACCAGAUUUAAAUAAAUUUCCUAAUUACAAAAAUGCCAAGCCAUAUUAUUGUAUUCUUAAACCUGGACAAAUGCUCUACAUUCCUCCGAAAUGGUGGCAUUUUGUUGAGUCACUGUCUAUUUCAUUUUCUGUCAGCUUUUGGUGGGAAUGACAUUAAAAUGACUAAUGUCAGCUGCUAAUUUGGCGACAAUGCCAGAUUUAUUUUUGCAAUAUUAGACUAGAGAGUUGUUGACCUUUGCAGCUGUAAAUGUACUUAUUGAAAUGUUCAGUCAUUAGAAACUCAUUAUAAAUUAAGUUAAUGAUUGAAACAUGAUUAAUGCUUAUUUACUUAAUGUAUUUAUUAGUCUUCCUAUAACAUACCAAAA